CGUAAAAAUCAAAACAAACAGUUUUAAGGAGUAAACUCGAUGUUGAUAAUUAGCUUAAAUUGUUUUCCUUGUUAUCUGUUGUUAAUUCAUAGUCUCCAUCAUAAUCUGCUUUCAUCAUAAAAUAAGAAUACUUUCAGUCAUUAUAAGUUUACUCUAGUGUUAUCCUCUUUUGUCUCGUUCUCCAAGUUUGUUUACUUAUUGGUCAACAUUGAACAAAAAUACAUGCAUUUCUUUUGUUACCUUUAUUUUACCUUUUCAAAGUUUUCUUCUAACUUUAUUUUUGUUUAAAGCAUCGACAUUUUGUUCGUCAACAAUUAACAUAGCUUUGAGCUUGAUUGCUAAUUGACGAAGACUAUUAAUUUAUCCUGUGAAAUUGUAACAUGUGUAAUUGUUGAAUCUAUCAAAUUAAGACGUCAUAGUUAUUUUUGAACUACAUGUGUAAUUGAUAUGAUGAAAAUAUCUAAAAUUCAUUGUCAUUUUAUCUCCACAUAAUUCUGUGAAAUACAAGUAAACAGUUUGCCAGUGAAUCAAGAAACAUCUGUUUAGUGUUUAAUUGACUUGUAAUCUGUCAAUAAAUUUCAUGUGAUUUUGAAAUUUAAGGCGCAAAAGUCAAAAUGGAUUGUUUAAUGGUUUUUGAUGUUAACAAUUAUUUACUCUAUGUGAAACACAAUCUCGAUUUUCUGGAAGCAUUGUCCUCGUUGGUUUUUGAUUGCAAAUUAACAGAUCUAGAUUCACCACGAAAUAUCAAAGAGAUGUUUUUGAAAGAUGAUAAACAAUUGGAGAAUAUGAUUGUCCUUUUAUUUGCUCCAUAUGUAGCUUCAAUUAGAGUUUUGGGCAGUGAAAGUCCAUCUUUGGACGUAUUUGCUGAUAAAUAUCCAUCAGUUAAAAUAAUUUAUUCUCAAUUUUUAGAUUACAUAUUCCUUUAUAUCGCGGAUUCGACCAAUUUUACACACGAGAAAAAAAUGGAACAUAAUUUGACUACUUUCGUCGCUAUUUCUAAAUUAAUGUUUGGAGUUGCUUUAAGUGAGAUUAAAGGAGAUGAGAAUCAGAUGAAAUUAUUAACAUCAAUUUACAACAACUGGUUAAAAAAUUCAACUUGCCCUGUUUACAUGGUUGAGGCAACAGAAAAGCUAUUCAUAAGUCAAUCAGUACAAAAAAUAUUCAGUGAUCUGGUCCGUUCCAAUAUAAUGAAGUUGUCAUCUCAUCUCGAUCGUUUUUCAGUGGAAAUUCCAUCUCAUGGUUUAUUAUUUGUCGAACGGAAAUUAAUUACAAGAACAUCGAGUCGCAAUGCUGUUAAAUUAAAUAAAGGAGAUUUGGUAUUACUUACUCUACUGGCUGAUACUUUACAAGGAACUCGCGAGUAUUAUUCAGAGAAAGAAGACACAUUGAAAAUCUCAUUUGAUGAUUUUGAUGAAGAUGGGAUUGGAGACAAAACAAAUCAAAAUGAGAAAGAUUAUGAGACAAAUGAAAGAAGAACAUUUACCGAAUCUUAUGAAUCAUCAUCGUCAUCAAGUGAAAGCAGUCCGAUAAAGGGCGAAAAGCGAAACUAUCGAUGGAAAGAGUUUGAUCAUCGAUUAAUAUUCCUUCAUUCAUCCAUUGACCAGAGAUAUUUAGUCCCUUUUUAUUCACGUUUCAUAAGAAUUUCCAAGGAAAUAAGUUUCAUUAUUUUAUCUCAAUUGCCAACGACCCUGAUUACAUUUCAUAUUCACAAUUUACUCAGAAUACUCAAUAUACUUCAGUAUCGACCCAAAGAUCUACGUCGCUUCCAUUCAUUACAAGAAUUUGAUGCCUCAUUGACCAAGUUGAAUCGACAUUUGGCUGAAAACAGUCAAAAAAGCGAUCUUAUUCGAACUUUGAUCUCAAAAUUGAAUCAAUUAUCCAAAAGUGAAAUCCGUAAACAUAUUUUGAGUCGCAAUAAUGAAGAAGUCUCAGCACAACUUGAUUCCCUGGCGUCUUCAGUUUCAGCUAUUCUUAAAACAGUAUAUUGUGAAAAGGUUUUUCUCCACCAUCAAAGAUUAAUUGAGCGGUUUAUCAUGGAUCCAACUAUGUCCGAGUUUAUGUUUUCACUCCAAAACAAUUGCUUUAACGUUUUUAAAGAUUACAUUGAUUACUUUCAUGUCAAAAGUCAACGCAACAUGGCACUUGAAGCGUACAGCGAUGUUGUUCCCGGUUUAGUUGGCUUCAUCUAUGUUGAUCGAAAUCUGAAUGAGUUAAUCAUGGCUAAAGUAGAUGAUGGUGCCGAUGCUAUUGGUGAUUUUAAUUUGCUCAAUCUCAAUUUAUCUAAGAAUGUUUUACCUCAAUUAGUCGAGACAGCGUAUUUUAAUUUGUCAAAUGGCCAAUUUACAUCAACUUGGUCUGGAAAUGGCCUUUCCUUUAACUAUAUCAUUUGGUUUGAGACUGAAAAUGGAGAAAUUUUGAAAAUUCCAAAAGAAAGAUCAGAAAUGACCGGAUAUCCAAGCAUGAUGAAUGGAAAUUUUGUUGAUAAAAUGUUAGCCUCUUAUUUUCCAAGUUACCGUUUAGGUUUAUCACCAACCAAAGGUGGAAAUUUAUUGUGUUUUGAAUUAUUUUACGUUCAAAAGCUAUCCUAUUUCAAGCCUGGACGUCAAAUUAUUGAAGCACGUAAAUUAGCUCGACGUUUAUGGGCAGUUACAUCAUCUUCAAUCAGAGUUUUAUCUAUCUUUUAAAUUUCCAAAUUAUUUUUGUGCCUCAAUCUCAGUGAAAGUGAAAUUAGUGAAGACUUUUUGCUCCCCUUAGUCAUUAGAUUGCCAAUUUUCACAUUUGAAUUACUGUGAAAUACUAUUUAUCUGAAACCCUUUCUGUCUUCAAAAUUAUUUCUAGCUCCUGUCAUGCUUUUCACCUCCAUCUCAUAAUUAUCAUUGACUCUCUCUCAUUCAUUGUUUACUCUUGAUCAUUUAUUAUUCGCAUAGCUUUCUAACCUGCUAAAUUGACCAUAAUAUUUUGGAAUCAUCAUUUUCUGCCAAAUCUUCAUUAAUUUUUGUAAAAAAACUGCACAAAACUAAUUUUAAAAUUUUUAAUUGAUAGACAUCAGUUAUAAUUUGAACCUACAACUCUCUGCUCUUCAUUCCAUCCAUAAAUUCAAUAUAAUCUUUGUUAAAUUAAAUGGGUGAAUCACCAUUUCUAUCAUUAAAUUACCAUUUAUUUAUUCA